GCUCCACCCGCACUGUCCCCGAUUCCAUUCCCGCUGUGAACCGCCGGCGCCUGAUCCAACCUACGCUCAGGGUAGGAGCUCUGAGUGCCGCUGCGAGCCUGGAGCCGGCUCCCACCGAGCAGGUGACAUUCCCACUGUGACCCUAAACAGAGCAGCAGUGCAGUGCCACCACCACUACCGCUGCUGAUGUCCAGAGGAGUAGGAGGGAAAGACAGAAGUCCUUGCAGAGGGAUUUUGCAGUGACUCUUGAGCUGGGCGCCCUGGAAGCCCUGGAGAACAAGACUCAGGUUUGGGUGUUUUGCUUGAGUCUGGUUUUCUUAUCCCUUCAGCUCUACAUCAGAGUGUGCUUUCCUCUUGGGUCUAUUAAAUCAUCACCAGAAUAAGCCUGCACGAUGGACUGGGGGACCCUGCACACCGUCAUCGGUGGCGUGAACAAGCACUCUACCAGCAUAGGGAAGGUGUGGAUCACGGUCAUCUUUAUUUUCCGAGUCAUGAUCCUAGUGGUGGCUGCCCAGGAAGUGUGGGGUGAUGAGCAGGAGGACUUUGUCUGCAACACUCUGCAGCCAGGGUGCAAGAACGUCUGCUAUGACCAUUUCUUCCCGGUGUCUCACAUCCGGCUCUGGGCCCUGCAGCUGAUCUUUGUGUCUACCCCAGCCCUGUUGGUGGCCAUGCACGUGGCCUACUACAGACAUGAAACUGCCCGAAAGUUUAUACGUGGGGAGAAGAGAAACGAGUUUAAAGACCUGGAGGACAUCAAACGGCAGAAGGUGCGCAUUGAGGGCUCCCUGUGGUGGACGUACACCAGCAGCAUUUUCUUCCGCAUCAUCUUCGAAGCCGCCUUCAUGUAUGUGUUCUACUUCCUCUACAAUGGGUACCACCUACCCUGGGUACUGAAAUGUGGCAUUGACCCCUGCCCCAAUCUCGUGGACUGCUUCAUUUCGAGGCCAACUGAGAAAACGGUGUUCACUGUUUUUAUGAUUUCCGCAUCCGUGAUUUGCAUGCUGCUCAAUGUGGCCGAGUUGUGUUACCUGCUGCUUAAAUUGUGCUUUAGGAGAUCCAAAAGAACACAGGCGCAGAGAAACCACCCCAACCAUGCCCUGAAAGAGAGCAAGCAGAAUGAAAUGAAUGAGCUGAUCUCAGAUAGUGGCCAGAAUGCAAUCACAAGUUUCCCAAGUUAAGCACUUCAAGGUCAAGUGUAGGUGAGCCCUUCUGAGCAUGUACCCUCUUUGUAGACAACAUUGAUCUGACAACUCCUCCUCUAGGUCAAGAGUUUGUCUAUAAGUGACUCAUAGAAAGUGGAUACUUGAGUUCGAUUAUUGUAGAACACCUGAGCUGUUCAUACACAAUAUAAGUCAAAAUUGUGGUCUAUCUCUGAAAACCAAGCCCUCGUGACAACUGGGCCUUGGAGUCACCUGGACAAGUCCUAUGUGAACUAUAUGACUUAGUAUUUCCUGAAACCUUAUAUAACUUGUUUAUAAAGAACAAUUUAUCUAAAAAUUAAUAGUUUUAUCAGUAAGAUAUUUUUAUAGGAAUGAAUAUUUUAGUUCUGACUUUGAAUUUAUAUAAAGUAUUUUUUUAAUGACUGGCCUUCCUUACCUGGAAAAAAAUAUACAAAGUUAGCUUUACAAGUGCACCCCAAGUAUCUAAAGUUUGAACUUGUAAAGGGUCUAGCAGAUUACAAAUAUUGUUUUCACUCUGUCUGAGGACAGUUUAAUGAGCUAGUGUGUGCUCUUAAGGUGGGAUGUGUUCAUUGGACAAUAUACAUUGCCGAUUGCUGAAUAUGAAUGGAAUCGAAGGAAGUGGGACCCUUUUUAAAAUGAGCCUUUCCACCUAUGGUGAACAGUGCAGACAUGAAUAUGAUCUCGCCAAUAAAGCUUGACCCUGUUGCUUCA